AUGGCUUCCUUUACUUUGGUGACUCUCAUGCUUCUUACCUUGCUAGCCACCUUGGCUCUCGCUCAGGCUCCAGGAUCCGCACUAGCCUCAUCACUAACCAAGUCUCCAUCUCCAACUUCUUCUCCACCGUCUUAUGCUCCUGCUCCCACCUCAAAGCCACCAACUCCCUCUUUGGCUCCAACUCCAUCCACCACUCCUUCGUCGCCUUCCUCCGCUCUGUCAACCUCGCCUCCGGCUCCUCCCCCACUGAUCACCCCAACCCCCUCCAAUGCACUAACCAGCUUAAAGAAAAUUGCAUCUCUUAAGCUUGACAAGAAAAUUUUGCUUGUGAAUUUGUUUGAUGCUACUGAACUUUUGAAUGAUGUGAAGAAUGAGACCAUGCUUUUGCUUGAAAAAGUUAAGAAUUUGGAACAUGAACUAUCUAUUGUUAGAGAACAAACUGAUAGGUCUGCAAGCUCCAAACUUGAUCACAUGCUGAGUGUUCAAAAGUCUCUCUCUGACAAAACUGACUUAGGUUUAAAUGACUUCCCCGCUUUUGAGCCCGUACACAUUAUUGCUCCCAUAAGUGCCACUUUUCUUAGGCAGAGGGUUGCUCAGAUGAGAGAGAGCUCUAAACGCCCUCAAGUUAAGCCUUCUGGUACCGCACACCCUCCUUCUUCUACAGGUACUACUUCUGGUGAGGCGUCUGCUGAUCCUGUUGGUGCUACUGUUGUUUUUGUUCCUCCACCAUCUACUUCGGAUGACUUUGAUAUUCGUCGUACAUUGGAAACUGUCAUGACCGUUCAGGCGGCUCAUGGCACGCGUGAGAGUCUAGAAAGGUCACGGCGAUUGGUUUUACAUCAUGGGGAAUUCGAGAAGUGA